UUGACGUGUAAAUCCUACUGUCACAAUACAAAAGUAACCUCAAAAAGCAUAUUUUGCUUUUAUUUUAUUUCACUACAAACAUAAUUAGUAUUUUACGAGUUUUUCGAGAAGACCAAAGUUAUAAUCAUGAGCAUUAUGUUGAAAAGUGCCACAAUAUUUUCUCAAGCACAAUGUAAUAUAUCAUUCCUACAAUUUUCUGUUACAAAACUUCUGUUUUUAACCAAUGCUCGGUAUUCUAUGUCAGUGGUAUCUCGUGCGUUAAGCAGCUCUUCAGUUUUGAGUUCGAAGCAAUGGCGAGUAGAGCGGGGCUUGUCUCGUAAUCGUAACGCUGAAGGAAUUCUUACCGAUACCCCAGACUUCACAUAUUUGGAUGGGCGACCAACCCCUCUACUGCAAAAACAAAAGAAGCGAAUCAUAAAGCAAAGAGAAAUGGCCGCUAAGAUAGUUGAAAUGUGUUCCGAACUCGACUUUGCUAAAGAGAGAUACCAGAAUAUGGAAGCUGAGAAAGAGCAAGAGAGACGGAGUAUCCUUGCGAACAGACUGAAGCCCAAAGGAACUGCUUUGAACAAGAAAAACUAGAUUUAUUAUGUAUUGUUAAUGUAGGCUAGCUGUAAAUACACUUGUUGAUAAUUA